AAACUUUUCAAUGCGAGUAGUUUUAGCCAACGAUUUCAAGAAGCGAUUUGUACACCAAAAUAUAUUUUCUGCCGUCUACCGUAAUUAACGCGGAUAUCCUCAUGAAGUGCUCAACCCGAAUACUUAUACUCGUACAUAUAUACAUAACUAGGGUAUGAAUGAGUUUGCGUGUGUAUGAAGGCACAAAAAUUCCCAAUAAUAACAAUACGGCGAUUUGUUAGAAAUUCCAAUCAAUUUGUGCGACCUUCGAAAUUGAAGAAAUUAACUCAUCCGGUGCUUAAAAUUCCAACAGGCCAAAUCAAUAAAGCGCAAAGUCAGUGAAACCAAACGACUUUGAAUGGAGAGUUCCAACAUACAUACACGUACGUAUGUGUUGUGAAUGCGUGUUUGUAUGUAGGUAAUAACGAAAAGGGAAUGCAGAGCGAUUUGAGACUCAACAAACAGCAAGCAACCGAGAAGGCACCGUAGAAUCAGCAGUUGUACAGCCACAGAGGAGGGGAAACUUAUUCAGAAUCAGAGGUAGAGGUAGAAGGAGCGGAAUGCGCGCAGACGGCAAGAUGAUGACAGCGACUCCUUUGGCACCACUCGCACCGUUGGCGUCGCUCCCGUCAACCCGCAUGAUGAUAGGCACAGCCAACAGUAUGAGCAUGCUGACGACAUCGGCUUCUGCAAAUACCGCGACAGCAGUGGCAUCACUUUCAAUGCAGCAGAGACACUCGCAGUUUCCAACCGAGGCUCAGACGUCAAAGUCUCAGAAAGAGCCUCAACCGGCGAUACAGCUGCCGACGCCAACAUUAACAAUAGCAGCGCUCGAAUGGCAAUAUUUUCAGGCGGUUUCGCUCUUUCGUCGGCGAAAAUAUGAAAAAUGCGUUGAGGUGUGCAAUGGUAUGUUGCGCACUGGCCAUGAAACAAAUGUGCAAAUGUUUACCUCUACGUUGUCGUCAUCGUCAUCGAAGUCGUCGGGCGAGAAGUAUGAGGCUGAUGCACAGUACAGUUGGGGCGGCGGUGGCGGCGGUGUCGGUGGUGGCAGCAACAACUUGAAUAUUGCAAACUCCUCAAGGCAUGGGCGAGGCCACAACCAAAAUCUUAAGUACAACAAUAACAACAGCACCAACAAUUCCAAUGUUAAUGGUAAUAACAAUAAAGUGAGCAUGCCCACGUGGAUGAUGGAGGGCGUUUGGCAAUUAAAAAUGCGCGCACUUACCCAACGAGUCUACAUCGACGACCUGGAGACGGAUGAUGCCUUCGAGGGGGAGAAUGAGGAAGUGGAGUUAGAGCGGAUCGCCACAGCCGCCCGGCCAGGUACCUCAAUUAAAACCGCAUUUAUACCGCGACCGAGCACGAGCACACGGCGAGCAAAUUCAACAGCCUCAUCGAAAAAUGGCCUGUCGUUGAGCGAGGGGAGCCGCACAACGACCGCACAGAGCAACAAAAGCAUCAGGCCCAAGUCGGGUAUGGUGCGUCCCGGUACAGCUACCUCUCGACCAGGUUCUUCAGUCGGCCAUCGAGGACCAUCGAGGUGUGGCACAGCCUCACGCAUACGUGCGACGUCGGCUGCUGCAUAUACGGUAGGCGAUGUCACCGCCAAGCUUUAUCAGGCGUCACGUCUCAAUCCGACAAUAUAUGCUGAACGAGAAGCCCUCAUUAAGGCGCUCUUUCAAUUUCUUUACUAUCACGAGUCGGACGUGCAGAAGGCUUACUCCCUCUGCGAGGCCGUUAUGGAAGUGCACAAACAAAAGCGUUCGUCCGGCUCAGCAGCCGCUGGUGCACCGGUUGACUGGUGGUGGGAUCAGCAGAUAGGUAGGUGUCUGCUUAUAUUACGCUUGCCACGAAAGGCGGAAACAUUUUUAGUACAGUCUUUGGCGGUUUUCCCACAUCCCGAUACGUUUUUGUUGCUAUCGCGGUUGUAUCAGCGAUUGAAUGAACCCGAACGUGCACUGGAACUCAUUGGCAUGGCCGUAGAUCGACAUCCAUUCAAUGUGACUUUUCGCGCUGAGCAGGGCCGUAUAUUCGAUGCAUUGUCCAAACCUGAUGAUGCCGUGCAAAUAUAUCGGCUCAUCACUAAACUCAAUCCCAUACAUGUCGAGGCUCUGGCGUCAAUAGCUUUGAAUCAUUUCUACGACGGAAACCCAGAGAUGGCACUUAUGUAUUACAGGCGCAUUCUCUCCUUGGGCACUCACUCGGCUGAACUCUAUUGUAACAUUGCAUUGUGCUGCUUGUAUGGCGGGCAAAUUGACCUGGUGUUACCAUGUUUCCAGCGUGCCCUAUUGCUUUCAAAAACAGCUGAGCAAAAAGCGGAUAUAUGGUACAACUUGAGCUUUGUGGCGUUGUCUACUGGCGACUUUCAUUUAGCUCGUCGUUGCCUACAGCUCUGCUUAACUGCGGACGCGUGCAGCGGUGCUACCUUGAACAAUCUGGCUGUCCUGGCAGCGCACUCUGGCGACUUAAUGCGCGCAAAAUCGUAUCUCCAGGCUGCGAAAGAAGUACUGGCUAACAGUUCGGAGAUCGAUAGCAACAUGGAGUACAUGCAAGCUCACUACAAACUCUAAACCAAUGACCAGCCAUGAAGAGGGCACUCGAAAUAACUUAA